AUGUUGGUGGAGUGGACGCAGGCGGGAAGCGCUGCCAAUCCCAUGUUCCGCUCCGCCAGGCUGCUGCGCGCCCUCCGCAUGGUGCGCCUCGUGCGGCUCAUCCGCGUGGCGCGCCUGGAGAGGACCUUCACGCUGCUGGCGAACCGCUUCCUCUCCACCUACUCCUUCAUGGUGGUGAAAGUCAUGGGCUAUUUGCUGCUCCUUCUUGCUGUCAACCACGUGACCGCGUGCUGCUGGUACGGCAUUGGCAUCUGGAGCGGGGAGCGCAACUGGCUCCAGCGCCUGGAGAUCGAGCAGUCUGACUUCCUCGACUCCUAUGUGAGCGCCAUGCACUGGGCUCUGACGCAGUUCACGCCCUCCACGAACAACAUUGCGCCGGACAACGCUUAUGAGCGGUUCUUCGCCAUCUGGGUGAUCCUUCUGGCCAUGGGCAUCUUCUCUUCCUUCAUCGCCUCGAUCAGCUCCACGGUGAACUCCAUGCGCUUGGCCCGGGCCGAGGAGAUCAAGCAAAAGGCUGAUCUUCGGCAGUUCUUCAUGGACCGAAACCUCUCCGUCGAACUCUUUGGCAAAGUCCAGGGCGUCCUGGCAAAGGAGGGACUCUUUGAGGUCCGAAAGCUCGAGCAUCAAGUGCAGCUGGUCAAGACCAUCCCGGAGAGGUUCAAAGUUCAACUUCACCGGGAGAUGUUCAUGAACUCGCUGACGAAGGUGGGCAUCUGGCCCAGGUGGGGCCACAAGGAAGACGCGCAAUUCCUCCUCACCGUGUGCCACCAUGGUAUGAAGGAGCAUGUCUCAAUGCUGGGUCAAGACGUCUUCAUGCCGGGCCGCGACUGCUUGGAGGUGUACGUGAUCGACACCGGAUCGCUGGAGUACUUUGCAAGUGGGCAAAUGCCGAGUCAGAUUAGCGCUGGAUCGGCUACAGACUCUGUGCUUUGCUUGCCAGCGCUGUGGGCAGGGUGGACCCAUCGCGGGCGCCUCACGGCCAACUACGGCUUGUGCUACUACAACGGUAUCGACUGCGAGCAGUUCUGCUCCUUGGCGACGAACUUCGGCGGUGCCUUGUGCCACUACCUCAAGAUUCUGGGGAUCCUUCUAGUGGGCGCCAUCGAAACACUGGAUGAGGAGGCCGUUCACGUGACGGACCUGUCGGUGCAAACUCACAUUCCCAUCAGCAGCCUGGUCGCCAGGGCAACACAGUUCGCCUCGAUCCAAACCACGGCCACGGCGCUGAAGCACCUACGAACCGUGGACCCACGAGAGAUGCCAAAGACAAAGUACCGACUCUGA